CUCACCUAUCUCGCUAUCUCUAUUUCCCUCCAUUUCCCAGAAUUUUCUUCUCACUUGUUUCCACAAGAAUAAUUCAUUAGUCGCCGCUUACUUUUUGAGAGAGAUAAGAAGCCACAAAAGCCUCGGCCAGAAUGUUCUCCAUCAAGACCCUCUCCACCGUUCUCCUGGCCGCCAUCGCCGCCACCGUCUCGGCCGCUCCGACUAACACAGUCGGCACCAAGACGCCGUCCCGCACGACCCACCUCACCGGUGUCACUCACUCCGUCGUUGCCGGCCUCGGCGGCCUCCGCUUCGACCCGGACAACGUCGUCGCUGAGAUUGGUGACGUUGUCGAGUGGCACUUCCUGCCUCGCAACCACUCGGUCGUCCAGUCCAGCUUCGCUGACCCUUGCGUGCCCCUCGCCGACGGCACCUCCUUCUUCUCCGGCUUCAACUUCUUCACCCCCGAAGGCCAGGCCGACAACGUCUUCCAGGUCGUCGUCGAGGACCGCAAGCCUAUCUGGUACUACUGUGCUCAGAACGUCGGCCAGCAUUGCUCCUCCGGCAUGGUUGGCGUCAUCAACCAGAACUUUGACAGCCCCGACUUCACCCUCGCCAAGCACAAGGCCUUGGCUGCCCAGAAGGGCGAUGCCAUUAUCCCUGCUGUCCAGCAGGGCGGCUACGUCAUUCCCAACCCCAACCCGCUCGGAGGCUUCAAGCUCUAAAUGUCGAGGCGUGAAACUGUCAGGAAUAGGAGAGGAGGGAGUUUUCUUUGUUGAAGACGUGUUGCAUCACGGCGGCGGGAACUUGCAUACGGCGGCGUUAUAUUGAUUCUUGGUUGCUGG